AUGUUAUUCAUACUGUUGGUCCAAUUGGCGAAAGGGAAGUUCUUCUUCGUAGUGCUUAUGAACGAUCUUAUCAAGUUAUGACUGAAAAUAAUAUAAAAAGCAUAGCAUUUUCAAAUAUUAGUACAG